AUGAUAAGAGAAAGUGAUAGUCUGUGGAAAAAAGUUAUCCUUGCUAAGUAUGGUUAUGAAAAAGAAGCGUUGUUGCCAAAUAAAACGAUGAGAGGAAAACCAUCUUCGUUAUGGAAAAACAGUGUGUCGUCGUUAAUGAAUGAAGAUGAUUAUGUAGUUGUUAAUUGUAAAUGCGUCGUGGGUAAUGGCAACAGGAUAGAUUUUUGGGAAGAUCAUUGGACGGAAGUUACUUCCUUGAGAGAGUCCUUUCCUAGAAUUUUCAGGAUUGCCAAUCAGAAGAGUGGGAAGGCGAUUCUUCAAAGAUUACCUACUACUGUGGAGCCGCUGAAACUAGAAAUGCUUUUGGAAGAUUCAAAUCUGUGUGCUAUUUGUAAACAACAUCCUGAAUCGGUAAAUCAUGUGUUAUGUCACUCUGAAAUUGCAUGGAGAAUAUGGGAGAGAUGGUGUAAAUUGUGGAAGGUGCAGAUCGUUUUUCCUGAAGAUAUUAAAUCAAUGCUCUUCAUUUGGAAUGGUGAUAGCUGUAGAAAAGAAGUUAAGCCGGUGUGGCUACUUAGUUUUUUCAGUUUUAUUGGACAAUUUGAAUGUAUUUUCAAGAAGAGUCAAUUUACAGAGGAAAAUAUUUUUGACAUUGGUCUUCUAAAGACUGGAGUGUGGGCGAAUUGCAAGUGGCCAAGAUUAGUUCCUUCAGUGCAGGAUUUUAUUCGUUGUCCCUAG